GAAGAAAACUUCACGCCGGAAAAACCGGGGAAGGAUUUGGGAAUCGCGCGCGAAAUUAAAAAGAAGAAGAAUCCGGAAACCGGGAGCCCUUCCCCAAUUUUAAAAAAGUCGAACGCUCAACAAAUCGGAAUAGUGAAGUUGAGAAGUCAUGGAGUUCAAAUGCACUGAUUUAAAGGUAUGGAAACAAAGCCUCUCUGAGUAUGAAGCCCGGCUCGAAUCUCUGGGCAACAACAAGAAGAAGCCUGACCUGGUCUCUCUCGAUGAUUUCUACCGCAAACAACUCCCUACUAUUCUUCACCAGCGCAAACCUAAUUCAUAUAUCACCACUUCCGAGCUUUCUAAACUCAUGCAGUGGAAACUCACUCGUGGUAAAUGGAGGCCACGAUUGUUGGACUUUGUGUCAUCCUUGGAUGAGGAAUCAGUGAAAUCUUCAUCUCAGAAGGCUUUUCAGUCAUUACCUGAUAUCUCCAAAGCGAUAUCUGAGCUUUCUAAAUUGAAAGGUGUAGGUCCAGCCACUGCAUCUGCUGUUCUGGCGGCCUAUGCUCCUGAUGUUGCGCCGUUCAUGUCAGAUGAGGCUAUGGAGGCAGCACUUGGAAACUUGAAAGAUUAUACUCUGAAGCAGUAUCUUCUGUUUGUGGAGAAAUUACAAGAAAAAUCGAAGGAACUAUCUUUGGAAGGGGAAUUAUUUACACCAUCUGAUGUAGAAAGGGCUAUCUGGAGUUCUGCUAUCGGGGUCAAGUAUCCAUCUUUGCCAAAUGAUGAAGGAAAAGAGGCUAGCACAAACAAAAGCUCAAAGAGGAAGAGGAAACAGUGAAGUAUUUAUGCGAAGUUGCUGCAGGAAUUUGUCUAAGUUUUCCUGUUCUGUUUAAGCUGUACUCUGCUAACAACUUAUUGUCUAACAUGAGAGGUCAGGCAUCUUUUACUUUGCUCUCUCACUCUUUCUGAACUUAUGCAAUAAUAUUUAUGAUCUGUAACCA